GAUGGUGGGGGAGUACCACUGAUGAGAGAGCGGGCGAAAGAAGGGACUAUUUUAGCACGCAUUUGAGGAUUAUCACAUUUAUCUACUGGAUACUGAUAAACGCUUGGGAAGGGUCUCUUCUUCUACUGUGUGUGGUGACCUGGUGUGUUCUGCUUCUGGUUUCCAGCAGCAAUGUCACAGAGGUGUGGGCAGGAGGACCCGGAGCGGUACCUCUUUGUGGACCGUGCCGUGGUCUACAACCCGGCCGCCCAGGCCGACUGGACUGCGAAGAGGCUAGUAUGGAUCCCAUCAGAACGGCAUGGCUUUGAGGCCGCCAGUAUUCGCGAGGAGCGUGGAGAUGAGGUGGUGGUGGAGCUGGCUGAGAAUGGGAAGAAGGCGGUGGUCAACAAGGAUGAUAUCCAGAAGAUGAACCCCCCAAAGUUCAGCAAAGUAGAGGACAUGGCCGAACUCACCUGCCUGAACGAAGCGUCAGUGCUUCAUAACCUUAAAGACCGCUACUACUCUGGCCUCAUCUAUACAUACUCUGGUCUCUUCUGUGUGGUCAUAAAUCCCUACAAAAACCUGCCCAUCUACUCAGACAACAUCAUUGAGAUGUACAGGGGCAAAAAGAGGCACGAAAUGCCCCCUCACAUCUAUGCCAUCUCCGAGUCUGCAUACAGAUGCAUGCUGCAAGAUCGAGAGGACCAGUCCAUUCUUUGCACUGGUGAAUCUGGAGCUGGCAAGACGGAAAACACAAAAAAGGUCAUUCAGUACCUGGCGCAUGUUGCCUCCUCCCACAAAGGAAGAAAAGACCACAACAUUCCUCCAGAGUCACCAAAACCAGUGAAACCACAGGCACAAAAUGCAGUUAGUGGACCCCUGUUUUAUGGUGAAUUGGAACGGCAGCUUUUACAAGCCAACCCCAUCCUUGAAUCUUUUGGAAAUGCUAAGACAGUGAAAAAUGACAACUCGUCACGUUUUGGGAAAUUCAUCCGGAUCAACUUUGAUGUCACCGGAUACAUUGUUGGAGCCAAUAUUGAAACAUACUUGCUGGAGAAAUCCAGAGCUAUUCGUCAAGCCAAAGAUGAGCGCACCUUCCACGUUUUCUACCAGCUGUUGGCUGGAGCUGGAGAGCACCUCAAGUCGGACCUUCUUUUGGAAGGUUUCAAUAACUACCGUUUCCUGUCCAACGGUAACAUCCCAAUCCCUGGCCAGCAGGACAAAGACAACUUCCAGGAGACCAUGGAGGCCAUGCACAUCAUGAGCUUUGCUCAUGAGGAGAUUCUGGCUAUGUUGAAGGUGGUGUCCUCAGUGCUUCAGUUUGGUAACAUUAUCUUUAAGAAGGAGAGGAACACAGAUCAAGCUUCUAUGCCUGAUAAUACUGCCGCUCAGAAGCUGUGUCAUCUGCUGGGUAUGAAUGUAAUGGAGUUUACCAGGGCCAUCCUGUCUCCAAGGAUCAAAGUGGGAAGAGACUACGUCCAGAAAGCACAGACUAAAGAGCAGGCUGACUUUGCUGUGGAGGCCCUGGCUAAAGCAACAUAUGAGCGUCUGUUCCGCUGGCUGGUCCAUCGCAUUAACAAAGCUCUGGACAGAACCAAACGGCAAGGGGCCUCCUUCAUUGGCAUCCUGGACAUCGCAGGUUUUGAGAUUUUCCAGCUGAACUCGUUUGAGCAGCUGUGUAUCAACUACACCAAUGAGAAGCUGCAGCAGCUCUUCAACCACACCAUGUUCAUCCUGGAGCAGGAAGAGUACCAGAGGGAGGGCAUCGAGUGGAGCUUCAUCGACUUUGGCCUUGACCUGCAGCCCUGCAUCGACCUCAUUGAGAGGCCGGCAAACCCUCCAGGAGUGCUGGCUUUGCUGGAUGAAGAGUGCUGGUUCCCCAAGGCCACAGACAAGACCUUUGUAGAGAAGCUGAUCCAGGAGCAGGGCACACACACAAAGUUCCAGAAGCCCCGCCAGCUCAAAGAUAAGGCCGACUUCUGCAUCAUCCACUAUGCCGGCAGGGUGGACUAUAAGGCAGAUGAGUGGCUAAUGAAGAACAUGGACCCCCUGAAUGACAAUGUGGCCACUCUUCUGCAUCAGUCAACUGACAAAUUUGUGGCUGAACUCUGGAAAGAUGUCGACCGUAUCGUGGGCCUGGACCAGGUGGCAGGAAUGAAUGAGACAGCUUUUGGUGCCACCUACAAAACGAAAAAGGGCAUGUUUCGUACAGUGGGACAGCUCUACAAGGAGUCGCUUACCAAGCUCAUGGCCACACUGAGGAACACCAACCCCAACUUUGUCCGCUGCAUCAUCCCCAACCACGAAAAAAGAGCCGGUAAACUGGAGCCACACCUGGUUCUGGACCAGCUGAGGUGUAAUGGAGUCCUAGAGGGGAUUCGCAUCUGCAGACAGGGCUUCCCCAACCGCAUCGUCUUCCAGGAGUUCAGACAGAGAUAUGAGAUCCUAACUCCCAAUGCUAUCCCCAAAGGCUUCAUGGAUGGGAAACAAGCCUGUGAGAGAAUGAUCAGAGCCCUGGAGUUGGACCCCAAUCUUUUCCGUAUUGGUCAGAGCAAGAUCUUCUUCAGAACUGGUGUUCUGGCUCACCUGGAGGAAGAGAGAGAUCUGAAGAUCACUGACAUCAUCAUCUACUUCCAGUCUGUGUGUCGUGGAUACUUGGCACGCAAGGCCUUUGCUAAGAAGCAACAGCAGCUGAGUGCCCUGAAGGUCCUCCAGAGGAACUGCGCUGCUUACUUGAAGCUGCGCCACUGGCAGUGGUGGAGGCUCUUCACCAAGGUGAAGCCUCUGCUGCAGGUUACCAGGCAGGAGGAGGAGAUGCAGGCCAAAGACGAGGAGCUGGUAAAGGUGAAGGAGAGACAGCUCAAGGUGGAGAAUGAGCUGGUGGAGAUGGAGAGAAAACACCAACAGCUCCUAGAAGAGAAGAAUAUUCUAGCAGAGCAACUUCAUGCGGAAACGGAGCUGUUCGCUGAGGCUGAAGAGAUGAGGGUCCGUCUGCUUUCUAGGAAGCAAGAGUUGGAGGAGAUCCUUCAUGAUCUGGAGUCCAGGGUGGAGGAAGAGGAGGAGAGGAACCAGAGCCUGCAGAAUGAGAAGAAAAAGAUGCAGUCCCACAUCCAGGACCUGGAGGAGCAGCUUGAUGAGGAGGAAGCUGCAAGACAGAAGCUGCAACUGGACAAAGUGACUGCUGAGGCGAAGAUCAAGAAAAUGGAGGAGGACAUUCUUUUGCUGGAGGACCAAAACUCCAAGUUCCUGAAGGAGAAAAAGCUGCUGGAAGACAGGAUUGGCGAGAUGACCUCCCUGCUAACAGAAGAGGAGGAGAAAGCAAAGAACCUCGGCAAGGUCAAGAAUAAGCAGGAGAUGAUGAUGGUUGACCUGGAGGAGCGUUUAAAGAAGGAGGAGAAAACGCGCCAGGAGCUGGAGAAGGCUAAACGUAAACUGGAUGCUGAGACAACUGACCUGCAAGACCAGAUUGUUGAGCUUCAGGCUCAGAUAGAAGAGCUGAAGAUCCAACUGACCAAAAAGGAGGAGGAGCUGCAGGCUGCUCUGGCCAGGAGUGAUGAGGAGACCAUCCAGAAGAACAAUGCCUUGAAGCAAAUUCGGGAGCUGCAGGCCCACUUAGCUGAGCUUCAGGAGGAUCUGGAGUCGGAGAGGAUGUGUCGAACUAAAGCUGAAAAACUUAAGAGGGACCUGAGUGAGGAGCUUGAGGCUCUGAAGACAGAGCUGGAAGACACACUGGACACCACUGCUGCCCAGCAGGAGCUCAGGUCCAAGCGAGAGCAAGAGGUGGCAGAGCUGAAGAAGGCCAUAGAUGACGAGACCAAAAACCACGAGGCUCAGAUCCAGGAAAUGAGACAGAGGCACGCUACAGCGCUGGAAGAACUGUCUGAACAGCUGGAACAGGCCAAGAGGUUCAAAACCAACCUGGAAAAGAACAAGCAGAGCCUGGAGAGUGACAACAAGGAGAUGGCCUGUGAGGUGAAGACUCUGCAGCAGGCAAAGACAGAGUCAGAAUACAAGAGGAAGAAACUGGACGCCCAGCUGCAGGAAUUUAUGGCCAGGGCCACCGAGGUAGAGCGAGCCAAGGGAGAGCUGGCUGAACGCACACACAAGCUCCAGACUGAGUUGGACAAUGUGUCUGCUUUGCUGGAGGAGUCUGAGAAAAAGGGCGUCAAACUGGCCAAGGAAGUUGACAAGCUGAACAGCAAACUGCAAGACUCAGAGGAGUUACGGCAGGAGGAGACGCGCCAGAAGCUAUACCUGAGCGGGCAAAUCCGCCAGCUGGAGGUGGAAAAGAACACCUUGCUGGAGCAGCAGGAGGAGGAUGAGGAGGCACGACGCAACCUGGAGAAACAGUUGCAGACGGUGCAUGCUCAGCUGUUUGAGACAAAGAAGAAGCUAGAGGAGGACGUGGGAGCGAUGGAAGGUCUGGAGGAGGUGAAGAGAAAACUUCAGAAGGACGUGGAGCUGACCAGCCAGCGUCUGGAGGAGAAGACCAUGGCCAUGGACAAGAUGGAGAAGACUAAGAACCGACUGCAGCAAGAGCUGGAUGACCUGAUGGUGGACCUGGACCACCAGAGACAGAUCGUCUCCAACCUCGAAAAGAAACAGAAGAAGUUUGAUCAGCUGCUGGCUGAGGAGAAGACCAUCUCAGCUCGCUAUGCUGAGGAGCGCGACCGUGCGGAGGCUGAGGCCAGAGAGAAGGAGACCAAGGCUCUGUCUAUGGCCAGAGCUCUGGAGGAGGCCUUGGAGGCCAAAGAGGAACUUGAGAGGUUUAACAAGCAACUCCGCGCUGAAAUGGAGGAUCUGAUGAGUUCCAAGGAUGACGUGGGGAAGAAUGUCCAUGAACUGGAGAAGUCCAAGCGAACGCUGGAGCAACAGGUGGAGGAGAUGAGGACUCAGCUGGAGGAGCUGGAGGAUGAGCUGCAGGCCACAGAGGACGCCAAACUGCGCCUCGAGGUCAACAUGCAGGCCAUGAAGGCCCAGUUUGACCGAGACCUGCAGGCCAGAGACGAGCAGGGAGAGGAGAAGAAGAGGGCACUUAUCAAACAGGUGCGCGAGAUGGAGGCGGAGUUGGAGGACGAAAGGAAGCAGAGAACUCUGUCUGUUGCUGCCAAGAAGAAACUGGAGAUGGACCUGAGCGAGCUGGAGGGACAGAUCGAAACCGCUAAUAAAGGCAGGGACGAGGCUAUUAAACAGCUCAGAAAACUACAGGCUCAGAUGAAGGACUAUCAAAGGGAGCUGGAGGAGGCUAGAGCCUCCAGGGACGAGAUCUUCACCCAGUCCAAGGAAAACGAGAAGAAACUCAAGAGCCUAGAAGCUGAAAUCCUGCAGCUACAGGAGGAUCAUGCAGCGUCAGAGAGGGCCCGUCGACAUGCUGAACAGGAGAGGGACGAGCUGGCUGAUGAGAUCUCCAACAGUGCUUCUGGAAAGUCGUCACUGCUGGAAGAGAAGAGGAGGCUGGAGGCUCGUAUCGCCCAGCUGGAGGAGGAGCUGGAGGAGGAGCAGGGUAACAUGGAGCUGCUCAACGACCGCUUCAGAAAGACCAAUAUGCAGGUCGACAGCCUGAACGCUGAGCUGGCUGGAGAGCGCAACACUGCACAGAAGAGUGAGAACGCUCGGCAACAGAUGGAGCGGCAGAACAAGGACUUGAAAGCCAAGCUGGCAGAGCUGGAAGGGGCUGUCAAAUCAAAGUUUAAGGCGUCCAUCACUGCCCUGGAGGCCAAGAUCCUGCAGCUGGAGGAGCAGCUUGAGCAGGAGGCAAAGGAGCGAGCAGCAGCCAAUAAGAUUGUCCGUCGUACGGAAAAGAAACUGAAGGAGGUGAUGAUGCAGGUGGAGGAUGAGCGUCGACAUGCUGACCAGUACAAGGAGCAGAUGGAGAAAGCCAACUCUCGUAUGAAGCAGCUGAAGCGUCAGCUGGAGGAGGCGGAGGAGGAGGCCACCAGGGCCAAUGCAUCUCGCAGGAAGCUGCAGCGGGAGCUGGACGACGCCACCGAGGCAAGCGAGGGUCUCACCCGGGAGGUCAACUCCCUCAAGAAUCGCCUCAGGCGUGGAGGUCCAGUCAGCAGCUUCUCCUCCAGCCGUUCGGGUCGCCGCAACCUCAAUCUGGAUGGUGCCUCCAUCGACAUGUCAGACGACGACGCCGACAGCCGUGCCAGUGACUUCAACGAGACGCAAACCUCCAAUGCCGAGUAAAAACGGCGACCCUCUCGUUCCUCACUUUUCCCCUCUCCUCGCUUCAUCACUACCCACCUUCACCUCAUCCACCUGUGACCUGCGCACAGUUUUCCCCCAAAGAUCCUCAACGUCACUGUUGUCUGUAUUCCUUUCAAACCACCGACCAAUAGAUUGGAGCGAUGAGCUGUUUUUGGUAAGCUGGGCGGAGUGCGCCAGGCAGCACGCUGCCCUUUUUAUAUCAGUGAACACUGCAGGGAAAAUCCACCGCCCUCCCCUGAAGUGAAGCCUCCAGUCCUGGAGAGUCACAGGGACAAGUGGACAAUUCUGCCUUACUCUGCUCCCCUCUGGCAAGCUGCUCGUCCUGGCUCAUCUCCCAGCCAUGUAUCAUCUCUGCGUCAUAACAUAACAUCCCCUCCCCAAAAUCAGGCGUUAUCUGCUCAGCUUAUUGAGAAAGUACGCAUAGGUACAAAGUGCUUUUUAUACAUAUGAAACGAAACUGCGUGUGUGAUGUAGGUGGAGGCUGUGAGGUGUACACACAUCAAUUAUGUAACGUAUGUGAAUGCACUCCAUACUGAAAAUGCAGGACUACAAGGAAAACUUCUUUCACUCUGGUGUUGUUGUAAGUGUUCUACUCACAAGUUGUGUAAAAGCCAUCUCAUACUCGACACACUCCCUCCUUCCAGUGUUCAGGAUGGCUGUCCUUUCAAAAUGGAAAAACCCAAAACUAAGGUCACUGUGGCCUUCGGACGGCAGCGCCAGCUGCUUUUGUUGCAUGAGUCUCCCCCGGAUGUACAGACUGUUGUUCAUCUUCUACACUACGGGAACGACAGACAUCUGGGGACAUGCAAUAGAAAAAAGUGGACUCUGAAUUGAAAGUAUAUUACUGUGAAAAAAAAGGUAUUUUAUUGUUUUCUCUGUUGCUUCAUCUCAACAUUUAGUGAAGGAAUGUGUAACUGGGUUUUAACUAGGAAGCUCACAGCCGUUCUGAUUGUUGAUCAUUGGGAACGCGAUUGGGUUCUGUCCUCUACUGUGGACCAGCGCGAGCUGUGAACGAUGCUGGGAAAUGCACAGAACUGCACAGGGGGAUGUUUGCAUUUUUAAUUUGAAAUCAACAGGGAGCUCUUACUGGAAGCACCAAAGUGGUGCUCAGUCCACAUUUUCAAUGUGACACUAAAUGGUUACAGUAUCAGUAAAACAUGUUUUGAUGAGAAAUGGAGACAGAUUGAAAAUCUCCUCACUACAUUUCAGUGUUUGUGCCAAGCCCCAGUUUGUAUUAUCAUCACAUUUGAGUCACAGAGCUAGAGCAUCAGUUUUUCUGAAAAAUAAUUACCUGCCAACGUAACUGCUGCUCUGAAGGCAUUUCCAAAAUCCUCAAAGACUCCUAACCAUCAGGUUGCACAAUUUAAAAAGAAAAAAAAAGAUUUUAAAUUUAAAGUGCUCAGAAAAAUAAUUUGAACACAUACAAUUCCAGAACAACUGGCAUUUAACAUGUUUCACUAGUUAUGAUUGUAUUUCCUAAUUGGGCAACAUGGAAAUUUAAAGAGUCGUUUUUACUCAUAUGUCCAUAAUGAUGUCAUAGUUUUACUGUUUUAUAUUUUUUAACAUGAUUUUAUUUUUCUAGUGUCGUAUCAAACAAGCAUGGAGAUCUGACAUUUCUGGCCACCUGGAUGAGAAACUGGUUAAAAAUCCGCCGACCAAAAAAAUCUCACCAUUAGUACUGUAAAAAAAAAUCUGAAGCUGAGGAGUUACAAUUGAGUCUUACCAGACCUCUGUAGCCGCUCGAGACCACAUUAUCUGCUGCUAACAUACCACACGGUGCAUGGUGGGUAAUGUAGGCAGCAGGCUUUGAAAAGGAACAAUGAUGAAAAGAAAAAAAUAUUUUUUUUUAAUAACCAGAAUAUUUCUUCAUCCAGAUAGUUAGAAGUGAAUAGCGGUGAGCAUUUUUCGGAUACUCCUCUGUCAGUUUGCAGGAAGCCUCUUAAAGAAGCUCUGUGACUUGAAUGUAAUGGCAACACAUGAUAAUGAUCAGCAAACACGGGCUGGUUUGUGCCAUGACUCUUCAGACUACCUACAGACCUGAUAAAGCACUUAGUAUUCACAGGCUGUCUGAAAAGAAGGUUGUUUUUCUUUCCUCGCAAUUUUAGCCCAAGUUUUUUUAACAGCAUUUUUAGCACGGCGAAGUCGGGCUCUGCUCGAAGUGCAGCAGCCACCUCAGCAGUUUAACCGCUACAGUGUGAAAACUACUUUUAUUUCGACUCAUUCUUUAUUCUGGAUAUGCAGGUUAGGAUGGUUGUCCACAGCAGACUCCUUUGCCCUUCUCCUCAACUGUUAACAGUAUGUUUCUUUAAAAGUGCCUUAGACACUAAAUAAGAACAUAAGUGGGCAAAGAUUCAUUACAGAAAAACCCUAAUGAGAUGAAACAGGAGUUAUUCAACACUUAAUCGUCUUUUCUUUCUUUUGUAUUUUUGCUGUGCUUCAUAUCAUAUCCACUGUGUACCUCUGUGUUCAUAAUAACCUGUUUGGGUCAAAAUCAGUGUUCCAGUACGAUUAACCACAUGAGAAACGGAGCCCUCUGCAGCUGCAUUUCCCCCUGUGACCAAAAGUCAUUUUGGGAAAUCAUGCACUGCACAGGAUUUCAUUUGGUUGGAAGCUUUAUCAUCCACAAGUAGUUAACUCAUUUUUAUGUUAUUAUUAUUAUCCAGCUGGCUGUUGACAACCAGGCAUUCAACUGAAAAUACUCCCAUCAUAUUAUUUCUUGUAUACCUGUAUUUCUAGACGGUAAUGUUUUUGUUUUGUUUGUUUUUGUAAAAGGAAAAUAAAGCAUAUUCAUUGUA